UCCUAUGGGAUUUUUUGGAAGACAUUGCGAACGUUCGUGUACGUUUCCAAGUUACGGCCCUGGUUGUCAGAUGGAGUGCUUCUGCACUGAAGAUGUUUGCAACCCAACCACAGGAUGUGCAAAUCUGUCAGAGGCAACCACACAAUUGCAAGAGAUCGUUGCGUCAGUUUCCACCCCCGAGGUUUGGAAUUCUGAAUUGAGAAGCUCUUCAAUAUCUACAUUAUAUUCUGACAUAUCAAAAAAGACAAAAAACAUUCCAAAAAGUUUCAAAAGUGAUAGAAAAUGUCCACCUUUCUCUAAUUGGACAUUUCUAGGAGUAAGAGCUCAAGCCGGUGCAAUGUUAGUGAGCAUAGUUAUUCUCGGAGCACUUUCUCUUAUCAUUAUCUUGCUAUACAUGUGCGUGUCGUUAAAAAUCUUCUUAACUCGAAGAGACUCGAGAUCGACGCUCAGAAGAAUAGAAAGUUUCCAAACAUAAGGUUUUAUGGUAGGAGUGAGUGAAAUACAGUUUAAAUAUCUUGGAUUAUUUAUUUAAUUGAUUAAUUAGUACAUUUCAAUUCUUUUUUUUUUUUCAUUUUAAAUUUUCAUUUUUCAUUUUAGUGUGGAUACAAUGUAUGUGCCGCACAUGUAUAGAGCUGGAUUUCGGUUUGAUGUUAGAGAAGAAAAAAUAUACGUCACACAGAAUAUUUUACUAGUAUGAGUUCAGAUUGUAAGUUUAGAAAUA